UAGUUGUGGGUGAGCUGAAGGGCAAAAAAGUCAUAUUCACAGUCAAGAAUGCUUGUCUUUGCACAUGAAGUAUUAUUUUUUUGCUUUGCAACACACUGCUGUUGAAAAUGAACCUAUCCUGAAGUUUGCCCCCCACACACCUGAAAUGCCAUUGGAGCCCCGUUUGAACAGAUUUUACGGAUCUCCAGGGGAAAGAGAGAGCUGAAAGAGCGCGCCUGUGUGCGUGUGUGAAUGUGUAUGUGUGUGUAUGCCCGUUACACUGCAUUGAGUCCAACUCAGGGGAAACCACUUUGUCAACAGAGGAAAAAAAGAAAGAAAGAAAGACAGUAAGAAAGACAGACAAGAAAAACAGCCCAGAGACUGUCUCCACUUUCACAAAUGGAGCUGCGAAAAUACCUGUUGUGCCUGGAGUUCAUCGUCCUUCUCAAAGAGCUGUGUGUGUGUUUCAACAUCGAUGUGAAGCAUCCCCGCGUCUUCACUGGCCCAGAGGACGCUCUGUUCGGCUUCUCUGUUUUACAGCAUGAGGCAAACGGAGAGAAAUCGAUGCUUGUCGGUGCUCCCUGGGACGGUCCGCCCAACAACAGGAAGGGAGACGUGUACAAAUGCAUCGUGGGAGAAGAGAAGAACUCAGACUGCAUCAAAGUGAAUCUUGGUGAGAUCGCUCUGCAGAACGUGUCGAAGAACCUGAAGAACUCUCAUCUGGGUAUGACCCUCACUCCGGACUCACCUGACGGCUUCCUGGCAUGUGCUCCUCUGUGGUCUCAGGAGUGCGGUACAUCCAUGUUCAGCACUGGGAUCUGUGCCUCUGUCAGCGACGACCUAGAACCAAGAGAGACAAUCGCUCCUACAUCACAAAGAUGCUCCACAUACAUGGACAUAGUGAUCGUUCUGGACGGCUCCAACAGCAUCUACCCCUGGUACGAGGUCCAGAACUUCCUCAGGAACAUCCUCAGCAAGUUUCACAUCAGCCCAGACCAGAUGCAGGUGGGUAUACUGCAGUAUGGUGAGGUAGCAGUCCAUGAGUGGUCUCUGAAAGACUACCAGACCACACAGGAGGUGGUGGAGGCGGCCAAGAACAUCAGCCGGCAGGAGGGGCGAGAGACGCGCACAGCUUACGCCAUCCACAUGGGCUGCACGGAGGCAUUCAGUGCUGAGCGAGGUGCGAGGGAGGGCGCCACCAAAGUGAUGAUUGUAGUGACAGAUGGGGAGUCACACGACGGGAAGGAGCUACCAGACGCUCUGGAGGAGUGUGAGAAGAGAAACAUCACCAGAUACGCCAUCGCUGUACUGGGUCAUUACAUCCGCCGACAGCAGGAUCCCGAGACAUUCAUCAGUGAGAUCAAAUACAUUGCCAGCGACCCGGACGACAAAUACUUCUUCAAUGUGACCGAUGAGGCUGCGCUCAAUGACAUUGUGGACGCCCUGGGAGACCGCAUCUUCACUCUGGAAGGCACGCUGGGCUACAACGAGAGCUCUUUCCACAUGGAGAUGUCUCAGAUCGGCUUCUCCACACACACUCUGGAUGAUGGGAUUCUGUUCGGGAUAGUGGGUGCAUACGACUGGGACGGCGGCGUGUUGAAGGAGGGAACCAAUGGACGCAUCAUGCCACCCAGAGAGGCUUUUGAGACCGAGUUCCCCUUGGAGCUGAAAAACCACGCUGCAUAUCUAGGAUACACAGUGUCAUCUGUGAUAGUUGGUGACUGGAGGACGCUGUAUGUUGCUGGGGCUCCCAGGUUCAAACACAAAGGAAAAGUCAUCCUGUUUGAGCUUAGUGAUGAUGGGGAUGUCAACAUUGCACAGGCGCUCAAUGGAGAGCAGAUUGGGUCAUACUAUGGCAGCGAGGUUUGUGGACUGGAUAUAGACAAGGAUGGCAUCACUGAUGUCCUUCUGGUCGCAGCUCCCAUGUACCUGGGCUCAGGAAACAAGGAGGCUGGCAGAGUCUACAUCUACACCGUCAGUGGGGAGGAGGUGUUUGUUGCUAAUGGCACCCUGAAGGCAGAGGAUAAGUCCCAGGAUGCCAGGUUUGGCUAUGCACUGGCGGCUGCUCCAGACCUCAACCACGACGGCUUCACUGACCUGCUGGUGGGAGCCCCGCUGGAGGACGAACACAGGGGGGCCAUCUAUGUUUACCACGGUCAUGGUAUUUACAUCAUCCACAAUUACAAACAGCGCAUCCCAGGGUCAUCGAUUUCUCCUUCACUGCAGUAUUUUGGCCGCAGUGUGAGUGCACGGUUGGACUUGGAUGGAGAUAAGCUAAUAGACCUGGCAGUGGGAGCACAAGGCAGUGCUGUGAUGCUCAGCUCUCGCAGCAUUGUCCAGAUCAAUGUGAGUCUGUCCUUCCAGCCCCACUCCAUCAACGUCAUCCAGAAGACCUGCCAGAGAGGAGGCAGGGACUCGGCCUGUCUCAACGCCACCGCCUGCUUCACAGCUGUGUCCCGUUCCCCUGGACCACAGAGCAACAGCUUCGAGCUGUGGGUGGCCGCCAUGUUGGAUGACAGGAAGUUGUCGGUGCGGGCUCUGUUUGAUGACAACUCCCACAGACAGACUCAGCUGGCAGUCAGGGCUAAAACAGGACACACACUCUGCUACAAGCUGCCCUUCCACGUCUAUGACACAGCAGACUACAUCCGUCCAAUCAGCUUCUCGCUGCAUUUUAAAAUCAACGACACAGAAAGUGGUCCGGUGUUGGACGAGGGCUGGCCAACCACCGUCAAGAAAUUUAUCCCGUUCUUCAAGGACUGCGGCGAGGACGAUGUGUGCACAACAGACCUGGUGCUGCAGGCUCACAUGGACAUCUCAGGCACAAAACAGAAGCCCUAUGUGAUUCGCAGUCCUCGUAGGCGUCUGGCGGUGGAGGUGCAGCUCCACAACAGACUGGAGAAUGCCUAUAACACAAGUCUGACACUGCACUAUUCCCGCAACCUGCACUUCUCCAGCCUCAGCAUUAGGGAGGACGCCCACUUUAAAAUUGAGUGUACAGCACUUGGUUCCAACAGCCACUCCUGUAAUGUCAGCUACCCAGUGUUUCGCUCCCAGUCAAAGGUGAACUUCAUGUUGGAGUUUGAGUUCAGCUGCACAUCUCUGCAAAGUCGAGUCUUUAUGAAGCUCAAUGCAGCCAGUGACAGUGUGGAGAGAGAGGCUACCUUGGGGGACAACAGUGUUCAGCUACAGAGUUUUGUUCAGUAUGAACCAGACCUCUUUGUUAGCAGUGACUCUAAUUUGAACCGCUAUGAAGUCCAUCCCACUAGGACAAUGUCAGAGGGAAUUGGGCCUGAGUUCUUUACACACUUCAGGCUGCAGAAUCUGGGCUGCUACUCUGUGAGUAAACUGGAGCUGAGGCUGCUUCUGCCCUCAGUGGUUUCAGGAGAUUUGGUUUUCAUGAACGUCACUGAGGUCUUUUUGUACAAUGCCACAGGAGUGAGGUGCAGCGUGCUGACUGAUCUGGCCCAGCUGAAGAGCAAACAGAGAGAGGUGCGGCCCCUCCACCCGGAAGACAUGAUACAGAACGACAUACUGAACUGUAGCAGGUCAUGGUGUAUCGAGGUGGUGUGCGAGGUCCAGCAGCUUCUGAGAGGGCAGGCUGCACUCAUUCGUGUCAGCCGCAGAGUCCAUGACGAAUUCUUCAGAAAAGCCAAGUACAAGUCAGUGAAAAUAAUAGGCACCUAUCGCCUUGCAACUCAGGAGACUAACCUCAUUACUCUGGGCACAGGCACAGUGUGGAGGGAGACUGUGCUAGAAGUGCUGAAGGGACGAGCUAUACCCAUCUCACUCUGGAUUCUGAUUGGCAGCAUCAUUGGAGGUUUGCUGCUACUGGCCCUAAUCAUCUUCAUACUAUGGAAGCUCGGGUUCUUCACACGCAAACAGAGAGGGGAGGAUGAGAACCAUGAAGACUGAACACAACUUCUGCUGCCAUGACAACAGUCAUUCACUUACCAUAAUGACUACCAGAGAAGCCGAGUCCACCUCUUAACAGGAAACCCCUGAGGCCCAGACACAGAUAUGGUGCCGGGACGGGACUCGAGACUCUAACACAACAGGGACCUCCAGGACCAAAGAGAACA